AUGUCUCCUUCUUCUGCGUUGAACAACGAAUGGAUCAACAAUCCUCUAUUGAUCAGCUUUGUAGCAGGAGCAUCGUCAUCUUUAUUAACCUAUGCAUUUCGCAAAUUAUGGAAUUCUUCCAUUCGUAGCACUGACGAACAACAUUUACCAUCCACCAAAACUGCACCAUUGAUCUCGUCCGAUCGACACAAGCAAGAAAUCAAAAAGGAGUUGAUCACGACUUCAAAAGUGGCCAUAUAUGGAGGAGUGUUGUGGUCCAGUCGAGAAUUAAUUUCUCAUGUUUUAUUUCAACCAGAAUCAUCAUUUCAAGCCUCUCCGAGAAUGUUUAUCCCCAUUCUAGCUGGAUGCGUGAGUGGUGCUUCCGAAAGACUUUUGGCUUACUUGUGUGGAGAUCAUAUUCCAAUCAUGCUUUCAUUGAGACUGAUUGGAAGAAGUACUUUAACCUAUGCUCUUUUUCAUUUGCUGAAAGAUAGUGUGACCAGUCAGGUGCAACAACAAGUGGGUGUUGUGACUGGAGGAGAGACUGAAACGACGACACGAGAAGGUACUCUCUUGUUAGGACAUUUCCUUACUGCAGCUGUGGUUUCCGUCGGCACUCAUUUGUGUUGCAAUUACUCGACCUAUCGCUCGAGUUCUCAUUAUUUGAAUUAUUCCAAUUUGCUACGUGAAGGAAUUGCUGGUGGUAUUGUGUACACGAGUUAUGAAAUCUUUAAGAAUUCAUUGUUACACACCAAGACUUCGACCUCUCAAUAA